AUGGCCUUCAUAAAAAGCAUACUCUCUGAGAAGAAGGCCUUGAAGGGAGAUGAAACUGUGGUCUUGACCAAGGAGUAUAGUGCUCUGAUUCAGAGAAAGCUACCCAAGAAGAUGUCAGAUCCUGGAAGCUUUCUGAUUUUCUAUAACAUUGAGACUGUUACAUUUGAGAAGGCACUAUGUGAUCUUGGUUCAAGCAUAAAUCUGAUACCUCUGUCCAUAUUGAAGAAGCUGGGAAUCCAAGAAGCACAGGCAACAAUGAUAUCCCUGCAAAUGGCUGACAAGUCUCUGAGGCAAGCAUAUGGGCUAGUGGAGAACGUACUACUCAAGGUUGGAGAGCUAUUCCUCCUAGCAGAUUUUGUGAUACUUGACACGGGAGAGGAUACAGAUGACUCCAUCAUCCCAGAAAAGGCCAUUCCUAACCACUGGAAGAGCCCUAAUUAA